CCCCCGUGUCCCCUACGUCCCCCCCGUGUCCCCUACGUCCCCCCCGUGCCCUAUAGGUGGAGGAGAUCCGGGGCUGCAUCGAGAAGCUGUCGGAGGACGUGGAGCAGGUGAAGAAGCAGCACAGCGCCAUCCUGGCCGCCCCCAACCCUGACGAGAAGACGAAGCAGGAGCUGGAGGACCUCACGGCCGACAUCAAGAAGACGGCCAACAAAGUGCGCUCCAAGUUGAAAGCCAUCGAGCAGAGCAUCGAGCAGGAGGAAGGCCUGAACCGCUCCUCGGCCGACCUACGCAUCCGGAAAACGCAGCACUCGACGCUGUCCCGCAAGUUCGUGGAGGUGAUGACGGAGUACAACGCCACCCAGUCCAAGUACCGCGACCGGUGCAAGGACAGGAUCCAGAGGCAGCUGGAGAUCACCGGCCGGACCACCACCAAUGAGGAGCUGGAGGACAUGCUGGAGAGUGGGAAGUUGGCCAUCUUCACCGAUGAUAUCAAAAUGGACUCGCAGAUGACCAAACAAGCCCUGAACGAGAUCGAGACGCGACACAACGAGAUCAUCAAGCUGGAAACGAGCAUCCGGGAGCUGCACGACAUGUUCGUGGACAUGGCGAUGCUGGUGGAGAGCCAGGGCGAGAUGAUCGACCGCAUCGAGUACAACGUGGAGCACUCGGUUGACUACGUGGAACGGGCCGUGUCGGACACCAAAAAAGCCGUAAAGUACCAGAGCAAAGCCCGGAGGAAGAAAAUCAUGAUCAUAAUUUGUUGCGUGGUGCUGGGGGUGGUCUUGGCCUCCUCCAUCGGGGGCACGUUGGGCUUGUAGGGUCCCGGCGCGCCCCCUCUCCCCCGCCCCCCCC